GUUAAUAAUAUAGGUAGCUACAACUAAUUAGAGUGUUUCUUGUUGUUAAAAAUAUCGUACAAAAAUGGCCGAUGAGGUCACAAUCGGGUUUCGCUUCUAUCCCACGGAAGAAGAACUGGUUUCGUUCUACCUACGAAACCAGCUCGAAGGAAGGAGUGAUGACUCAAUGCAUCGUGUCAUUCCCGUACUUGACGUCUUUGAGGUCGAGCCUAGUCAUCUUCCAAAUGUUGCUGGAGUGAGAUGUCGAGGAGACGCUGAGCAAUGGUUCUUCUUCGUGCCACGACAAGAACGCGAAGCAAGAGGAGGCAGACCGAGUAGAACUACUGGUUCAGGAUACUGGAAAGCAACUGGAUCACCUGGUCCAGUCUUUUCCAAAGACAACAAAAUGAUUGGAGCAAAGAAAACUAUGGUUUUCUACACUGGAAAAGCACCCACAGGAAGAAAAACUAAAUGGAAAAUGAAUGAGUACCACGCCGUUGACGAAACAGUCAACGCUUCCACAAUCCCUAAGCUGAGACGUGAGUUCAGUUUAUGUCGAGUCUACAUAACAACAGGAAGCUCCAGAGCUUUUGAUAGACGUCCUGAGGGAGUUUUGCAGACAGAGAGAAUGCUAACAAGUGAUGUUGCAGUAGCUGAGACAUCGUUCCGUGUGGAAAGCUCACUGGAAACUUCGAUUUCAGGAGGAGAACAUAUUGAUGUCUCUAUGAACACAGAGUUUGUUGAUGGACUAUCAGAACCGAUGUGGGACUGGGAACAGCUGACUUGGCCUUGAAGCUAUAUAGAUUUUAUAAUCAAGCAAAUUUAAACUUGUUUCAAUUGCUUAUUGUUAGUUUGAAUUUUAUGACCCGAAAGAUUCUUUUUCUUUCUUUACCUUGUAACGUGAGAAUUUGAGAAAUAAUAAAUGACCUAGACAGUGACAUUUGAGAUGUUUUCUAGA